AUGUUCAGAUGUGCGCACAUUUUUGCUGCUGGAACCAGCCUGAAUUCCAUAACUAAGCAUCAGAUAGGUGUUCGAUUUGGACGAUACAGAUGGAAUCUGGAUGAUCCAUCAUUGGAUCGUUCUUUCUUUGAUGAAAGCAAUGUGUUUCCACCUUUUAUUCGAUAUCGCGAAUACUUUCAGGACAUUCCCGAGUACCGAUUGUGCACAUGUUUCAUCGAGAAAGUAAUGUCAACUAUACGUGACGGUAUAUUUUGUUAUUUGAGAGAUCCCAUCGAGUUUGUCGUUCAGAAUCGGAGGAUAAGUACUGAGAAUUACGUGAACAGAUUCUGUUCUCCUGCUGCUGUUGACCGGAAGAUGUGUUCUUAUACAACCGAGAAAAGUUCAAGACGUUUGAAAUUUGCUGUUGUGCGAGAUCCUAUCGACAGAUUCCUCAGUGGUUACGCGGACAAAUGUUACCCGAAACAACUACCUUUACCUCCAGAAAGAUGCUUUGGAUGUGAACAAAACAUAAAUUGUUUUGUGGAGACACUAUUGAGCAAAUUACGUGAUCUCCUGCGGAAUUCAAAUGCAAUGGAUUAUAUGGAAACAUCGCAUUUUGCACCGCAAACAUGGAGUUUGAGUGUACGCAUUGGGAACUACGAGCUGUACUGUCAUGUGGCAAAAGAAUUCUAUAUAUUGCAAAAAGGUGCUGUCGCUCAGCACAUUGCCAGAGCCGAGAACCUGAAAGGUCAACUGAAUGAAAGGAGCAUUGAAUCUUUGGCAACAACCAUUCGUUUCGUCAUGCUGAACUGCCGAACACUAUCGAGUGAACUCCAACAAGCCGCUCUAUCCAGACUUCUGAGAUAUCUCUGUGUGCCUUUUGCUGCACUGCAGGAAACACGCAUAAGAAAUCGGGCCGUCAUCAGCAUCGAAAAUUACACCAUACACUGCGGUGAUGCUGAUGAGAACAAAGUAGGUGGCUGCGCGAUAGCUGUGAGGAACGAUUACAAGAACCUGGUGAAGGAAUUUGGCUCAAUGUCGUCUAGAUGCGCCUUUCUACGACUGCGGGAUCGUAGAGGACGUAAACUCUGGAUCGUAAGUGCUCACGCACCUGCGGAAACCGCUGAGGACAACAAUAAACACGCCUUCUAUGAUGAACUCAAUGCGUUGAUGUCUAAAAUACCAAACCAGCAGGUGGCCAUUGUCGGAAUCGACGCGAAUGCGAAGAUGGGACUCGAACAGCAAUCCGAUGUGCUAGGAAAAUGGUACUAUGCAGCGGAGCGCACGUCGGACAACGGUGACUGUCUGGUCGACCUGUGCGAACAGACGGGGCUCAUCAUCGCUUCUACAUUCAAGAGGAAUCAUCGACACCAUCAGCUCACGUGGUACUGUAAUUUCAAAGAAACUCUACAUGACUUCAUUAUUAUCAAAUACGAAAGCGGACGACGUGGUAUUCGUAACAUUGCAGCGCAAUUUGACGAUAUUUUCCGGAUAGCCGGAGUCCACUCAUACCAUAGGAAUGUUAUUCACAAAGAAAUGUUGGGUCACUUGUGUUGUGCAUUUGUGCAGGGCGGGUGUUGUGCAGCGGUUAGAAGUUCCGCUUCCUGCGCGAUCGAUCCGAGAUACGACGAACUAACGAUGCGCGCAUGCUCCGCUGUAUUGGCCUUUCGGAUGCGGAUAAACCAUCCUAGAUGUGGCCGAUAUCGCUUUGAUGGCUCUUCGAAAUCUGCUCGAAUUCAGCGUCAAGAUCUAGAAUCGGUAAGGGAAAAAGUAUUGCCGAAUUCAAUUAUGCAUACGACAACUGGUCUGGUUUACUUUUUAUCUGUGAAACUGGAGUCGAUAGCACUUCAAUCCGUUAAUCGUGAAACUUUACUUCGGAUCAUAGGGAUCGAUAUCCCAACCAAACGUACGGAUUAUAUUCAAACGGAUCAGUUAGGGAUCAUUUGUGUUGCACCUAGAACUCUUCAGGAAGCCUCACUUGAGAACAAUUGCGUCAUCAUUGCUGGGAACUUCGAGUCGAGAGAGAGAGAGUUCUGCUUGACGGAAGAAGCAAUGCGUCAGAAUCCAUGA